AUGUAUGACUGGUACACCAAGACUCUCGCUCUCGCUCCAUCGGAUAUCGUUUACAAAGACGAUAAGCCCAUCACAUGCUUCUUCCAUAUCGAUCGUGGUUUGGAGUACACAGAUCACCAUGCCUUCUUCUUUAAGCGGGUCAAACCGGACUACGAACCUACUGUUGCGCAUUCUGCGUUUGAGACCCAUGACUUCGACGUCGAGCAUUUGGGCCAUGACUAUCUUGAGUCGAAAGGAUACGAGAGUUGUUGGGGUGUGGGAAGACAUGUCCCCGGAAGUCAAGUCUUUGACUACUGGUUUGAUACCAGCGAGUUCAUAUUGGAGCACUAUGCGGAUGGCGAUUUGGUCAAUGCUGAGACGGAGGUAUCGCACGUUCCUGCUGGGCCACAGGCGCUCAAGAUCUGGGGGCCACCUAUUCCGGGCGUGUUUUAG